AUGUUGAUGGAACUAAAUUUAGAGUCGGGGAAGAUGGUACUGUAUUUUAUCUAGUAAAGUACGUUACGGUAGCUCAGAUUAAUUAUUAUGUAGCAGAUGUCUAACUUGGUGUCGGUACAAAUUCGUGUCCUUGCUUUUUAACUUCGCCGAUCACGACGUAGGGCGUAAGCGAUACUUGGAAAAUGGCGGCACAAAAUUACGAGCAAUAAUAUCUCGCAAUUUAUCUGCAUGAUCAUGCGCCAUUUUCCCGUAGGUCAAGCUUAGGCAUUUAUAAUUCAUUCUGAAGAUUCAAAUAUUCGAUUUUAAGAUUCAAUGACUCAAUCUUCAAUGAUUCAAUCUUAGGAUUGAAUGAUUCAAUCUUUAUUUUAGGACUCAAUGGCUAAAUAAUUACACUCAUUUUAGGACUCAAUUUACUCAUACACUCAUUUUAGGACUCAAUAAUUACUCACGCACUCAUUGUUACAUUCCCUCCAUCAAACUAAUCAUGAUUUAUGGUAAACCAUGGAAGCUAGCAUUAAAAAUUCAAUGAUUUGAUCUAGAGAUUCAAUAUUUAAAGGAUUCAAUCUUAUAUGAUUCUAUAAAUCAGUAUAUGACUCAAAGAUUGAAUCGUAGCAUUUAUUGAUUCAAUUUAAGCAUUCAAAGAUUCAAUCUUAGGAUUAAAUUAUUCAGUCUUAUAGGAUUCAAUGAUCCAAUGUUAGAACUGAAUUACUCAAUCUUAUAUAGGAUUCAAUGAUUCAAAAUCCAAAUCCGCUUAUAUAUGUUUACUCUCCUGUAUUUCUGUUACAGACGAAUUUAUCAAAAACUUCUCCAAAAGAACAAAAAUAUCUUGCAGGUGUACCUUUGUGUCGUAAAAAGUUAACGGCAUUUAGUAAGGUAUGUGAAGAUGGUUGUUUGAGCGCUUGGAAUAAAGGGAGUUAUCUAUCUUUGGGUGGAAUAAAAGUGUAAUUUUACUUAUAAACGUGAAUUAGUUUUCAUGAUGCUGUGUUCAAUUUAUUAUUAUUUUUGUACCAUUCGCAUGGAUGAACAAUCAAUCUUUUACUUUUAAGGAUGGUACUAAAGUUCCAAUAACAAUAUUUCACAGGAAGGACAUUGAAUUAAAUGCUCAGCAUCCUGUAUUGGCGCAUGUUUAUGGUAAAUACAUACUAUAAGUUCAAUUUUCAAAUCAUUGAUCAUCCACCAAUGCAACAAUGUAAAGGCCUGACCAAACGAUAUAAUCAGUCGCCUAUACGAUUCGUUUUGGCUUAUGAAAAUUACUCUACCUGGAAUUCUGUAUUUGCCUUUUUACAAGUUCCUCUUAAGUUCGUAAAAACAAUGCUAUUGGCUAGCUUAAGUCUCGUGUUGUGUUGUGAUUGGCUGUACAGAACAAAGAGUUUUGUUUCACGUAAUUCCGUGCGUCUGUUCUCUGAUAGAUAAUGACUCUCGAAUUCUUAUUAAUAACAUUAUUAUAUAAUAACCUUUACAAGCAAAACAAAUUAACAUCGUUCGUUUUAAUAAACACUAUUUUUAUCUUCAUAAGGGUCUUAUGGAAUAAAUGUUAACAUGGACUUUUCUCCUGAGAAAUUUCAACUACUCCUAGAAGGCUGGCUAUUAGCUUACUGUCAUGUUAGGUAAAUACAUGUAGUAAUAGACCAGGGGCCGCUUAUUCGAAAGGCGGUUAGCAUAUUCCUCAGAAGAGAAGCGUCAAAGCAAACUUUCCAACAAGCUUUGUUCAUGAACUUGAAAAUGUUUUUUCCAGAAAUCUUGUCAGGAUCGUUUGAAGUUUCAUUUUCUAAAAUUUUAAAAUAUAAGGUCGUGCCGAAACAACGGGGUUUUUUAACCCAUGAUAAUCAAUACAACAACCGGCCCCUGUGUAUCACGAACAUUCAAAACGUUUUUUAGUAUUGAAUAUUGAAAGGAAUUCAUGAUUCUGAUUGGCAAAUAACAGCCAACCUAAAUAUGGAUUUGCGAUCUCAAUGGCGCCGAUAAAUAGUUAUUACAGGGUAUGACGUCAUGUAAUGUGGCAAUCACAGGAAAAAAUUUAAAUUUCCAUUAAUGGGUUUUUGAAUGGCUUUUAGACUUAGACAUUUACUAUGUAUUCUAGGAAGGUGAUUGCUAGAUAGUAUACUUCAAAAUAAGGUUUCCAUUUUUAUAACGUAGAAAAUACUAUCCUAACGCAAAACUAAACCCUAAAGGCCCGGUCACACUACACAACGAUAACGAUACGAUAAAUUGUAAACACGCGAUAAUUGUCAAAAAAAUGGUGUCAGUGUCCACACAACAACGAAAAUGAUAAAAUUAUCGUUGAACGAUAACGAUAACGAUUUUAAAAUCGCUCACCUGAGCGAUUUUUUUUUCAGUCGGACGAUAACGAUAAAUUUUUGACCAAUCAGCGCGCGUAUACAAGUUAUCGUAUCGUUAUCGUUGUGUAGUGUGACCUGGGCUUAACCCUAAUACUAAACCUAACCCUAACCCCAACCUAACCCUAACCUAAACCCUAACCUAACCCUAACUUAUUUUAAAAAUAGAAUAAAAACGGAAAUCUUAUUUUGAAGUAUACUAUCUAGCAAUUGCCAUUCUAGGAAUGUAAAACUCUUAGCAUUAAUUAUUGGUUAUUACAGAUUUCCCAUAUGCAUGGUAAAUUGGUAAAAAACAUGAUGUUUAAUAUUUACAAUUAAUGGUAUUUUCCUGUGCACAGGAAAAAAAUAAAGUACCAUUAAUGGUAAAUAUUAAACAUCAUGGUUUUAACUAAUUUACCAUCGAUAUGGGAAAUCUAUAACCAAUAAUGGUAAGAGUUCAGCUUUCACACUAAAAAACCAUGGAAGGUUCAAUAUUUUUGAAACCAAAACGGCUCUCCUUUUGACGCUGGCCAACAUUUAUCUAAACAAACAUGGUUCCCGGAUCACAUUUCAUAAUCACAAAAAUGUAUUUCAAUAUUUGUUUGCAAUGUUAUACUUUGCAAUUUGGCAUUAUUGUUUUAUUUUUGUUUACUUCAUCUUUAGAGGCGGAGGGGAACUGGGUCGAAAAUGGUAUCACAUGGGAAGACGGACAAACAAGAAUAAAACUUUUGAGGUAUUUAGAACUUUGCUUAAGUGCUUAUGUAACCACAUGGGGAAGUUAGAUACUGUACACAUUGGAAGUGAUGGGGAAAACCACCUCAAUAAACAAGAAAAACAGAUUUUGGCCGGAAAACGAGAGAAUCACAUACCCAAUUGUGCUUUUUCCAUUGUUAAGAGCGUUCUUGGCUCUUGGAAAAUUUUGCAGCGAAUAGGUCUGUAUAUCAGGAACUGUUUCGUAGGAUUUUGUUUCUAUCUAUCAGUUUCCUAGCCUGAGCAAACACAUAUAAUUCAUACUAUACAGUUUGUAAACAGGUUAGCAGUAAUUUCUCGCUCACAAAAUUCGACUAGUUUCUCGUCUCUAAUAUUCUGCUGAGAAGGCGAAAACCAAGUGGAAAUUCUCUAUUUUUUUCUGACUGACGAAACCCAUUAUCCAAUGGCUUUAUAUAAAACAUAAUUUAUAAGAUGUUAAUCCAUUUUCAGGAUUUUGAAGCUUGUAUAACAAGCAUUCAUGAACAAGGAUAUUCUUCACCUCAUUUAACUGCAGUUAUUGGAACCAGUGCUGGUGGACUGCCUGUAGCAGUUCUCUGUAAUCAUGCACCACAUCUCGUACAAGCAGCGGUAUUGAAGGUAUGUAAUAUGUUGUAAUGAUAGAAAAUUGACAGAUACGUUGUUGUGUUGAGUUGAGUUGAGUUGUGUUGUGUUGUGUUGUGUUGUGAUAUGGUGUAUUGUGUUGUCAUGCCAUUACCAGUGUUUUAACUCGUUCUUUAGUAAACACGAUUUCUAUAUUAUCUUGUCUUUUAUUAUUCUAAGGAACGAUCAUAAAGCUUGCUGGUAGAGGAAUAUAACAGUAACUGUUGUGUUGGAUGCUGUGCCGUUCUUAUUCGUGUCGCAUUUUCCCAUGUAAUGUAAUGUAGUGUUGUGUUUUACUGUUAUGAUUAUUUAGUCCACAUAUUUUGCGUUCGUAGGUUUCUUGCGUAGAUUUGAUGACUGCAAUGUUAGAGGAAGGGUUACCACUCACUGCCCAAGAAUACGAAGAAUUCGGAAAUCCUCGGUAAAUUGUGGCUAUAUAAAAUAAAAAAAUCCUUUGCCGAUUUGUCAUAUCUUGCGUAUUUCUUGAAAUAUUUUGACUGAGGGAAAUGAGCUGUCCGCCGUUUUGGAAACCUUCAGGUCUCGUCAGUGGCGGAAAUUCACUUUUUCCGUUGGGGAGCAAAGCCUCCUAAAUUUCCGACAAAACUUUCAAGUUUCCGACAUACCCGCCCAUUUGCACUCGAAAAGACUGUUUUUAGCCCUCUUUUAGGUCAAAAUUUUCGAAAAUUCGUCAAUUUUCCGUGAAGGUGGGUGGGGGGGCGGCAGCCCCCCGCCCCACCAAGAUUUCCGCCACUUGGUCUCGUUAAAUAAUUUAUGAAUUGAUUGGCUUAUAAAUUUUACAUUGUGUGCCCUCGAUUACUGUAUAUAAUAGAAUCAUGACAAAUCUGUUUUAUUUUAGACUUGACGUGCAGGAUUUUAAUAAGAUGAAAUCAUUUUGCCCUUAUACGAACGUUUCAAAGCAGGUUUGUGAUUUUAUAAAAGUAUGGAAUGUAGUCAAGGUUAAAUAUCACAUUAAUUACUAUAUUAGGCUAGGUUUGUAACAUUUUUAGUCCUGGUUACUGAUUAGCAUUGCAAGGAGUAUAUAUACCAAUUAGAAUUGAAAAACCAAUUACAAAGUUUACUGAUUUGGCAAAGCUUUCGAUGUAAAAGCCUGAUGAACCAGGCUUUUACAUCGAAAGCUUUGCCAAAUCAGUAAACUUUGUCAGUUAAAAAUAAAAUAAUUUCACCAACACAAAGCAAGCACGUCGAUUACAGUGUAAAGCCAGCCCGGGCUCACAAUGCAAUAAGUGUGCAAACUGGCAUAUAUAAUUUCUUAUCCAAUUUUUAUUGUAAUUGAGCCAGAAUACAAUCGAUUUGUGCUUGGCCAACGACCGGUCGUCAGACUAGUGGUGGUUUGCAAUCAAUCCCUUCAGAAUUAAAAGACAAACAGAUGGUGGCAAUGCAUGUUGAAGGAAAACACACUCCAAAUGCAAUAGCUGCUAAUGAUCUUCUUUUGUCAGCGUUUCUCCAACAUGAACGACCGCCAUGACUUCUAGUGCAAACCAAGAAUUAAAUGUUUAGAGAGCUAUUAGGCUGAAGAGAACAGACAGAGAAAUGACUCGAUUAUCCAUCGUAUGAAAUUAAUACGGUUUAAGGAUCGAGCUUAAGGCAGGAAUUCAUGGUUGAGAAGACUUCUAUAGUAUCCAAUUUGAAAUAACGGUUGUCCCAGCUUGAAAUUUGUCCGUUGUAUAUAAGAUGUGAUAAUCUGUGAUUUGUCGUUGUGAACAGAAAGAGGACGACAUCGAAUAUUUUUAUGAGAUUUUAAUUAAUAAUUUCUUUUCUACACUAUUAUGAUUGUCAUCAUACUAAUGGCCGUCGUCGUUUCACUUGCGUCCUUCUUGCUUAAAGUUCCUAACAUCGAUAGAUUAUAGAUAGUUUUAGAAGUGUAAAAUUUAAGUAUGUUUCUUUUCACCUCCAGGUACUAAAUUAAACCUUGCUUAAUUAAGUUCGCUAAUGUUCUUGGGUGAAAACAAUACUUCGGCUAUAGAUACCAUGACCACCUAUAUUAUGUAAUUCAACUUUGAAUCUAUCCCAUUGUUAACUUAAUAACCAUUUACAAGUAAAAAGGUUAAUUUGUCAUUUGAUCUUUAGCAUUAUCCCAGCAUGCUUUUCAUGUCAUCAGUGAAUGACGUCAGAGUCCCAUAUUGGAUGGCGUUGAAGUAUGUGUUAAAGCUCCGCCAUGUAAACUCCAUGAAAGAAUAUUCAAGUCCACAAAGCAUGAUCCUGCUAAAAACAGAUUUUGAAAGUGGCCACUUUGGCGCAGGAACGUUUGAAGAG